GAAAUAAAAAAUUUAGACAGUGCAGUGAGUGAAAACAAAUUAAGAAAGCAGGGGAAGGUUAAAAAGAAAAGUAAAGUUAAUACGUUCGUGUGGGGUUUUCAGGUGUGGUGCGAUGGCUGCCGUCUCAUCACGACUUUGACAGAGUAACACCAUCAUCAUCAUAAACAACCACACCCCCACACCAGCUAAUUUUAUAGAGACGGAGAAAGAAAAAAAAAAGGAAAAAAGAAACACAAAAACAUAACCAAAAAAAAAGAGAGGCAGAGCAUUGUUUGUACUUUUUGCUGUGGGGGAUUGGUUUUGAGCUUCUUGUAUCUGGAGCUAGCUUGUUCAGAAGGCCAGCCGCCUCAUCUGAGUCCCUUUAGAAUCUUGCUCUGAAGAGCCUGAGGAAGUUUAUAUUUUCUGGGUUUUGGUUGAUCUUUUGAAAGGGGUUCCGGCUCUGAGUGCUGCGUUGAGGUCCUUUUUAUUGGUUUUGGAAAGGAAGGAAACGAUUGUGUUUUCGGUUACAUUUUCCUUCUGUCUCUGUGUUUUGUGAAAGUGUUUUUGGUGCAUUGGAAUGUGGAGGGACGCUGGAACUCCUGCUGAUUCGUUCUAUGAAAUCCGUCCUGAGUGUACUGAUGUACCCAAAACCCGCUUCAAAAUCAAGGCAGGCAAAACUUUAAGUGUAAGGAAAUGGCAGGCUGCAUUUUCUCCAGAAGGCCAUCUGGAUUUAGGCAAAACUUUAAGUCGAAUCUAUCGUGGGGGGAUCCAUCCAUUAAUUAGAGGAGAAGUUUGGGAAUUUCUACUUGGUUGUUUUGAUCCUAAGAGCACAUUUGAUGAAAGAGAGCAGAUGCGGCAACGUCGAAGAGUGGAAUAUGCUAGGUGGAAGGAAGAUUGCCGUCAAAUGUUUCCUGUUGUUGGAAGUGGUAGGUUUAUCACUGCCCCUGUAAUCAGUGAAGACGGUCAGCCCAUUCAGGAUCCCUUAGUGCUUUCACAAAUGAAUCCAGACAAGGGAGCUGAUGGUAACCGUGCUAAUGGUAUAGAACCGGUGACGGACAAGAAAGUAAUCCAGUGGAUGCUUACUCUACAUCAAAUAGGUCUUGAUGUGGUUCGCACUGACAGGACACUGGUGUUUUAUGAGAAGCAAGAACACUUAUCAAAACUUUGGGAUAUUCUAGCUGUUUAUGCCUGGAUGGAUACAGAUGUGGGCUAUUGUCAAGGAAUGAGUGAUCUUUGCUCCCCCAUGAUUAUCCUUCUUGAAGAUGAAGCAGAUGCAUUUUGGUGCUUUGAACGCUUGAUGCGCAGACUGCGAGGAAAUUUCAGAUGUACCGAUAGUUCUGUUGGGGUGGAGGCACAACUAAAUAAUCUAGCUUCAAUUACUCAAGUCAUUGAUCCAAAACUUCAUCAGCACUUAGAGACACUAGGUGGAGGCGACUAUUUAUUUGCUUUCCGGAUGCUUAUGGUUUUGUUCCGUCGAGAAUUCUCCUUUUGUGAUUCUUUAUACCUUUGGGAGAUGAUGUGGGCUCUUGAAUACGACCCUGACUUGUUCAGUGUGUACGAAGAGUCUGAUACCGAUAGUGAAAAGGCCGAAGGAUCUAAGGGAAAAGCAAAGUCAAUACGUCAGUGUGGGAAGUAUGAGAGGGAAAAUAUGAAAAGUGGAGCAAACAAUUCAGAAGCACCGCUCCCAAUAUCUGUUUUCCUAGUUGCCAGUGUCUUGAAAGAUAAGAGCUCAAAGCUACUUACAGAAGCUCGGGGUCUGGAUGAUGUUGUUAAGAUAUUGAAUGACAUGACUGGAAAUUUAGAUGCCAAAAAAGCUUGCACUGGAGCAAUGAAACUUCACAAAAAAUAUCUAAAAAAGGCCAAGAAGCCAUAGCAUCAGUUUUGCGCACAAUUUUUUGGCCACCCGAGAAGUAAUACGACGAUGUUCCGUACAUUCUUAUACCUCAUGUAGCAAAGAGAUUAUAAUUCACAUAAUCUUGGCAGAGUUGAGAGAGCUGCACAGUUGGUCCAAUCUGCAAAAUAUUCCCACGAGCAAUUGUUGUUUUUGAAAUUAGUCCCAAUUAUUUGUAUAUUGAAAGCAUUCUUUAUAGGUCUGUAUUUGUUUAACCAUAAACGAGGCCUAUAUUUUGUAUAAUUUUACGUCGUAUUUAAUGAUAUUAUGAGGGGAAAAAAGUUUAUGCUUGCA